CGAUCAGCAGCGCGAAGACCACCCCAACCCAACUUCAACCUCAACCGCGGCGCCCGCUCUCUCAUCUUCCCACACCACAUCUAUACUCACCCCCGCGCCUCUCACUCUGUGGCCGCCACAGUCAACACCCUCCUGUGACGCCUCUGCUUCCCUCCAUCGUCACUAUCGCCGGCGUGUGAGGCAGUUCAGCCUGAAACACCAGACCGGGCUCGCAAACUUGGACCACUAGCCGCCUCCCCACGUUCAUUGGCCCGCCCUUGGAUAGAUUGAGGUUAACACCGUAUGAGUUGUCCCUCUGCUACCCUUGCCGCCUCGACUUGAGUGUACUCAAGCUGUCCAGGCCCCUCUUCACCGCCACAGGCUGAUUGGAUACCCUCGCUCGCCUUGGACUGCUCGCUGUCUUGAUUCGCGCCCACGCUCCCUCCCGACUUGCAAUUAGGACCAUGGUGCGGUAGGGGAGCACAAUGGGGGAGCCAGAGCAAAAGCCGCAUAACUAUGCAUACGCUCCCAGCGUCGCCGACUGGGUGCAAAACACCUCGUUGGCACAAUACGAGGGCAGCACUCAUGAGCCCACCGACGAUCCUGAUGCAUAUUAUCGCCCUUCCCUUCACCGUCCGACCGACCAAGAGUCAUCUCCAUUCCCCGGCGAAAUGACGACGACGCGGCAACGACAACAAACGUCCAACGGGACCUCACGCUCGACUCCAAAACCUUCUCUUCGAUCCGCAUCUGGCCCUGCGACUUCAUCGGGUGGUGUUGGUGUACGCUCAACUCCUCAGCUGCCUGCCAGUCGCCCGUCAGUAAAGAGCAUCGCGCAAAAAUUCAAUCAAUCUCCCUCCGCCGAAUCUUCUCCCUCUAUCUCCCGUGCCCGACCCGCACGACCCUCGCCAUCUCCUAGAUCGACAACAUCGCCCGCUGUGCAACAGACAUCCACCACGUCGUCUCCCGCACGACCGGCUAGGGAGGCAUCGUAUGGUUCCUACAAGUUCAACAAUCUAAAACCUCGGGAGCGACCACAGCCAGCACCCUCCUCAGCAAGUGCGCGGCGUGCGAACGGUGGCAGGAACAGUAUACAAGGGCACACUUCACCGUCAAGAACGAAGGUGUCGUCGCCGGUUCGGUCCCACAAGCACUCAACCUCCGCGACUCGACAGCCAUUCUUUGGAGAGGUCGUUGGAGAGCAUGAUGCAGUAACACCCGGCUAUGGUAUCCCGACUGCCGAUCCAGCGCUGCUCGACUCCAACCCAGUAUUGUCACCGAGCGCGGAAAACUCCACGAUUAAGAUCGUAUCUGACGAAUCUGGUCUAGCUCCUUCAGCACUUUUCUCGAGAAAUUCCCCAGUCCAGCACAGGAGAAUAACAAAUGAUAUGAACCACCCAUCCAUAGUAGGCGGCCAUUCGGCACACCCACCGGAGCCUUCACAUCCUCGAGAGCCACGACGAUACUCUCCUCCAUCUAGGAUUCCCGUAGCAUCUCGGCGUAUGAGUGCAGCUUCAGAUUCAAGUUCAUCAAAUCGUUCAUUCAAGGCUGGCUCCGCGCGACUUGUAGGCAGCUAUUCUAGGGCCUCUCCUGCUCCUCGGCCACAUCGAGCGCGGGUGCCUAAAGGGAAGGAAAACACCGCUCCAGGGAAGCCGCACAACUCGCACGAAGUGACACUAGCCUCGGUUAGCUACCACGAGCACAAGGGUCGUAGUAAGCCACCGAAAGGUACGCCUAACGGCACAAAGUUGACUGCUAUCAUUUCAGCUCCCCCGAAGCAGACGUCGCCCCGUCUUCGAAAUUCGAGGGAGAGGCAACUCCUUCAGUCCGGGUCCCCAGACCAGAGUUCUAGAAGUGUUGAUCAAUAUCCGAACACUGGAGAGGAACCACCCGUGCAACCUGAUAUGGCUCAGUCAGCAGUGACUGAUGCGCAAGUAGGAGAUAGUGCUAGCCAGGGUAAUGGUGAAUCUAUCCAUCCUGCCACAGUGACAUCUCAGCGCCUACAGCAAAUUGUCCACGAACAAGAACUUGCUCCUUCUGCUCAAGAACCAUUGAGUCUCCAAACAACUAGUCUACAAGUUCCACAAGACUCGGAGCCCCUGUCCUCGACUACGGAAUUCGAGUACGAGGAGUCCCCAGUAUUAGGCAUGCCCGGCAGCUUCAUGAUGACUCCACCCAUGGUGCAGCACACACCUCCGUUAGGAUCAGUGCAGGUUGAGGAUCAGCAAGCCCAGCAAGCCCAGCAAAAACCAACUGAAAUACUAGAACCAGAGUUGCUGCAGGCGCGAACGUUCCGCCCUCCAGGCAAUGGGAUGAAGGAGAGCUCCAGUUCAGAUGUACCACAGAAUGCAAUAUCCGAGUUCAGUGCGAGAGAAUCGAUUCCUAUCAUGCUCGGAGCUGAUGACCGACAGCCUGGAUGGGGUGUGUCCCCAACUCGCUCACGGCAAUCUCCUCGUUUAAAUAUUGGUGCCCACAAGUGGCGCGCCGAACCGCUUGAUGCAUCUGGAUCAAUCGCCUACCUGGAUGAGGACGAUUCGCCGAUUGACCCGUUUGCACAUCGAGGUACUCUACGCCCGGACGACUCUGCUAGUGUAGCCUUCUACCAGCAUGCGCGACUUGGCAUGCCAGAGCCAGAAUGGGCCCUCCCGGGCAGGAACGCGCGCGGCCAUCUAACACUGGACAGCGAGGCAUAUAGUGUCAUAAACAAGGUGUUGAAUAUAUACCACCAAUCUGACGCCGUCACGCCAGAAAUGGCCCAUGAUUCCCGACAGCAGGUACAGAGCGUGUCGCCGAUGAUAGCGCAGCACAAGGAUUGGGGUUCAAAAGAAGCUACGGAGACUUAUCUAGCGAGGCUCUUGAGCGAUGCCACCCUCUCUGGAGAACCAGAUGUUAAUCACGAAGCUGCAGCGGCAGAAAAUAUAUCUGGUGAAGGUAAGCAGGACAUGCCCGCACUGAACAUCAACAAAUUCGACGAGGAGCCUGCAGACUUUGAGGCCAGCGGAACAGCAAUCAUAUUCCCUCCGGAAUCGCGACGGUAUUCGCGAGGCUCAGGCGGUUCGACAAACACGACGAUUUGGGAGGAUGGUAGUCGGCCCGAUAGUUCUUCCGCUAAUCUAUCACGUGACCGCGCGCCUCUUGGCGAAUUUGGAACCGCGAUGCAGCACCAUAACGACCCCCUGUACGCACCAUACCCGCCACUCAAGAGCUCGGGGGAUUCUACUUCUCAAGGCCAUUCGUAUCCGACUGGAGUCCGGCCGAGCACUAGUAGCGAGCGUGUGGGAGCGACAUACGGGUCCCUACUGCCGGAAAUUGAGAGCACGGGUGAGGGCCUUGGUCUUUCACUACAAGCCGGCCACAGCCAGCACGCCCACGCUCACGCUCGCGGUUACGGCCCUCCACCGCCUCCAUCUUACUCGCCACCGCCUCCGCCAGCCCCGCAGUCCAUCGACCAGGCAACUUCAACCCCAUUGGCUGCCCCUGUCCUGUACACGCCUAGCGUCUACAGCCGACGCCCGCCAUCUAGUCUCCAUCCGUCGGCACCGAUGCCCGCCUUCGCCUUGAGCCCGCGCAUCAUGGGUAACGACCACAGUCGCUACAAGCGGCUCAGCGACGGACACCAGGACAUGCUUCUUACCCCGGGCGGCCCCGGGGGCGAGACUGACUUGGCUGACGUUCAGCCUGAUGUUGCUGCCGAUGCUGCCGAUGCCGCUGAUUGUACUGGUGCCGCCAAUGGCCCAGUCGCAUUCGGUGCGACAAUCGUCAACCAGCAGAGCGAUGCGGUUGCCCUUCGACGACGCUACAACAUCAUCAGAGAAUUUGUCACCACAGAGCAUCUGUACGCAAGCGACAUGAUGGUUGUUGAUGCCAUCUUCCAACAGACGUCAUUUCCCAUCAUUGACGACAAGGCGCGUCGCACUCUGUUCUCUAACUCCCACGAGCUUGCAAAGUUUUCUCACAAGCUUUAUCGCGAGUUGAAGAGGGCUGCUAGACCCGUGGUUAACAACGUACCUCCACCCAAGGAUGCGAAUGCAGCUGGCGACGACCACAGCAUUGCUCCCUCUGACGCCAACAGUUCCCAAGAAACGCUGGACCGUGCACCACCAGCACGUGACUACACCGACGAGCCUUAUGAUGAGUUUGUCAACCUCACCUCUGAUAAUGACCGAAAGACGACUAUGGGCGCCACAAUGAACGAAAAUAUGCCUAGGCUUGAGCGCCUCUUCACCACGUAUCUCCUCAACCACGAUGACGCCAACGAGUUCCUGAAAGCCAACGCCAAGAACCCCAAGAUUCUCGGAUGGCAGAUGGCCUGCAUCAAGCAUUCGGAAGGCCUGACCAAUGCCUGGGAUCUUGACUCUCUCCUUGUAAAGCCAACCCAGCGGCUUCUAAAGUAUCCUCUGCUCCUCGAUGAACUCCAGAAGGUGACUGGCAAGGACCACCCCGACUAUGAGGCCAUCAAAGCCGCUCGCGAAGAACUCAUCCAAAUCAGCGUCCGAAUCAACCAGGCCAAGAAGCGCCAGGAGACAUUGCGAGAGGCGACGAACGAAGGAAAGAAACAGAAAUCGAAAGGCUUUCUAGACAACCGUAUCGGCAAGAAUUUCGUCAAGGCUCUGACGAGCAAAGCCGACCGAGUUAAACAGCAAGCAGGCGCCGCUGAGAUCUUUGACGACCCAGAGUACAACUAUUUGGCCCAGCGGUUCGGUGGUCAUUUCUUCCAGUUGCAGAUCGUGUUGCGAGAUGUGGAAAAGUAUCUUGAAGAUAUCAGCAGCUACAUGGUCAAUAUCAACUGUAUCGUUCUCGGCUUCAUUGGUAUGCUCGACAGCGCUCCGUCUUCGAGCCCGGAGAUCGAGAGUGCAUGGCGACGUCAGGCGAUGGCUCUUUUUGAGUUGCAGACUGUCGCCCUUGAAGACCACAAAUCCGCCGUGCGCAUACGUAUAAUCAAACCAAUCCUGGAGCUUUGGAGCCUACAUAAUCGACCACAGAAGCUCAUGGAGCAGCGCAAGAAAGGCCUUCAGCAGCACGUGAAGUUCAAGCAAGCGCUCGAGCGCAAGGAGAAGAUUGAUAUGAAACUCCAAGACGCCUCCGACCAGUUUCUGACGGUCAACAAUGCCCUCAAGGCCGAGCUUCCGAAGCUGUACGCGGCGACCAAGGCUUGUGUUAUUGCCUGUCUUGAGUCAUUCGUCUUGUACCAGAAGGAUUGGUGGAAGAACUGCCAGAAGAAGAUAUUGCCUCUCCUCGAGUACGAACCAGAGCACACGACGUCCUUGACCUACGACCUUCAGCAAUAUGUCGAACGCUUUCAGUCAGAUCACAUGUCUGUCCAAGGCAACAUCAACCAUCUCAGCAUUGCCAACCAUACGCUCCUCAACAACGUCGCCAACCUCUUGUCACCGACUCCCACUCUCUAUUCCGACGAUACCUCUUCACGCAAGUCCUCCUCUCGCCGCACCGAGUCUGUGAGCAGUGACAUGUCCGGAGAUACCCGUCAUCGUCGUAGCGGCGGCUACAGCACCCAACGCACUGACAUGACUUCCUUCGAGGGACCACCGCGUACGGCCCUGAAGCGCUACAACACUCCUAUUAUGGACUAUUCUCAGUAUUCUCCAGUCGCAGCAGCUCGAGAGCGCGCCCUCAGCCCUGUCUCCGACAAAAGCGACACCACUAUCCGCCCUGAGCGGCAAAUCCCGAACCUCGACGGCGCCUUCGACGACUAUGAUCCCCCGGCCAUGGUUGAGAGCGCAUUCCUAUCUCCUACAUCCAAUCCCAACAGCUCCCGCACCUCGACCAUAUUCAACUCAGCUUUGCCAAUGUCCGACUCGCCAAUUCAGGCGACCUGUGCAGAAGGUUUGCUCAAUGGACCUGAUUCAGAAGAGCCGGAGGUUCUGUUCCUGGCUGCUUCCCUUUUCGAGUUCAAUAUCGCCCAUGAUCGUCGCGAGGGUGGUAUCCCAUACCUGGUUUACGUACCUGGCGAGAUCUUCGACGUAAUUGGCCUGAAAGGUGAGCUGUGGCUGGCGAGGAACCAAGACGAUCCGUCCAAGACAAUUGGAUGGAUCUGGGAGAAGCAUUUCGCCCGGAUCCUCCCGGAGGAGGUCUGAGGCCUAGGCCUCUGGGGUGAUCCGGUGCGAUUGCGGAAUUUCUGUUUUGUUUUUGUUUUUAGAUUCCCUCUGGCUUGCGUGGCAGAUUUGGGUGGGGGUCAAGGGGGAUUACCCAGGUUUUGGUUUUUCUUUGUUGGCGUUUUCUGCUGCUCCUCUGUCCCCGAAAAGGACUCAGAGCACUAGGAUAGGCUUCGACAACAUUAAAUGGCUCGCAUAAGUGGUGUUCUCUUGACUUGGCCCUUUAGCAUAAUGUAGGCGUGAUUGAUGAUUGUAUGAUAGAUGAAUACAUACAUGCGGAU